CCCAUCUUUUGUUGUUCCCUAGAUGUGGGCGAAAAUGAAACUUGCUCAGAAAUGUGGAACUACAGUAGCUACAAGUUUGUGCAGAAAACACGAAAGUAACACAUUGAGGACAUGAUUGAGGACAUACACGCUGAGCCAAAGAUGCUUCUGUUCCUAUCCCUGCUGAUCUUCUGUGUGCCUUCAGGGGGCGACACCUCACCAAUCACCUGCUACAAUGACAAAGGAGAUGCUGUUGAUUGGUUCUAUUUGUACAAGCUGCCUAAAGAACAUGGCAAGAAAUCUCCCCAGAAGGGUGAUCUGUAUAUACUGCUAGACAAAGGGAGUGAAGGCUGGACUAACGGGAAGGGGACAGUGAACGAUACCACGGGCGCUUUGGGCAGGACUGUUGGACAACUGUACUCAAAAGGGGAGAACACAGAGGUAGCAUACAUCCUUUACAAUGACCAGAAGCCAUCUGAGGACCUUGGUGACGGAUGGGUUGACAACAGUGGGAGUGGAGGGGGGCACACAAAAGGUGUUGUCCUGAUGGAUAAAAAUCAGGGCUUCUGGUUGGUCCACAGCACCCCUCACUUCCCCCCUGUUCGGCAGGAGGGACAGUUUUAUUACCCCAGCAGCGGUGUGAACAACGGGCAAAACUUCCUCUGCGUUACGUACCCUCUCAAGCACUUCCAGACCAUUGGAGAGCAGCUUCAGAUCAAUCAGCCUAAUGUGUACGACUGCGACGUCCCCCAGUCCCUGGCGUCCCUGGUGCCUGCUCUGGCUGCUCUCUGUGAGAAGAAGCAUCCGUCUGUUCACAUCUUUCCACACAUCAAACCUGUAUCCAAUCGCAGCGUGACUCUGACCUCAAAGGAUGGCACCAACUUCAUCAGCUUUGCCAAAGGAGCUUCUUUUGACAACGACCUGUACCACUCCUGGGUGGCCCCCAGCCUCCAGUCAGAUCUCCUGGUCCAGUUCUGGAUUCGCUCCAGAGGCAUCCUCCCCUCCAACUGCUCAUUAGGCUGGAAGGUCUUGGACAUCACGCUCAUCAACCCAGGCCAGACAUUCACCUUCAAGAACAGCCAGGACCACUCUAAGUGGGCUGUCAGCACCAAGGCGGCCGGGUCAGGGUCCGGAGGAGGCUGGGUGUGUGUGGGAGACAUAAACCGGAACAAGGCGGAGGAGAAGCGAGGCGGCGGCACGGUGUGUCUGCAGGACCCGGUGGUGUGGAAGGCUUACAGGACGGCGGCGCUGAAGUGUCAGGGUUGUGGAGGGGGAACGGGCCAGUGUUGACAGGCUGCUAGAGCAUGAUGGGAUACCUGGGCCUGAGGAGAGGGUCAACACGCAUAAUAUGAUACCCGGUAUGUGGGGUUUUCAUGUGGGUUUGUUUGCACAUAUUUCUUUAAUAUUUGAUGAAAUUUGAAUUGUUGAUCUUUUCUACAAUCAUACACGCUUUUUUUUACGGUAAGCUGUGUAUUUUUUGGAGCUUGUACCACCAAAAUUAGAGGGCCCAAAACUGAUCCACAUUUGGCAGGAAAUGGUGUGUUCAUGUGGGACUGCAUCACUCAAAGUAAGAGGCUGAUUAAAGUUUUUGGUACCUUUUUUUUUUAACGGCACAUAAAGCAUUUUACUUCCAAAUGAUCAAUGGAUGUUAUUAAGGGCUGUUACAUCCUCCUCUUCAAACUAAAAGCAUUCAGAACAAUGCUGGAGGAGGACAAAUAGUUAAAUCCGACUGGAAGCGGAGGGCUUCAUGGGAAAUGUGGUGUUAAUUUACAUAAAAACCUCAAAGUGCUACUUCAAAUGAAUGCAUCUUGAUCAAAGAUCUUAAACACUGCCAUGUGUUCUUUAAAUUAAACUGAAGUGACAUUACUGAGCUGUUACACUGCAGAUAGGGGCGACCUCUUUUUUCUUUCAAACAGUGUAGUUGAUUUGUGGGAAUGUUCUCAGGGAUUGUCAAGCUUUGCAGGUUGAAAAUGCAUUUUAUAGAAUUUUACAUUUUACAACAAUUUCGUCUUAUUAUUUUCACAUUCAGCAUUAAUUGAUAUUUUCCAAAAUAAUUAAACUACUGACACUGACAACAUUCAGGUAUAAGGAAUGCUUUAAUACUUUUUCUUUCAUGAAUGCUCGUCUUAUUAGCUAGGUUGGUAUGAGUGUUUAUGAAUGAAGUGCUUAUCUGACAUAUCCAGAACUCUGUUUCUACAUACAUUCCUUGUUUAUGCUUGAAGGUGAAGUUGCUGGCUUGAAUCUGAAUAAAACAACUAAAACAGA